AUGCUCGAUAUCCACCGCCCCUCCUCCGCACCCGACACGAAAAUCUACUUCUCCCACAGCGUCCUCCCCACGUACAUCGACCCGCAAAAUGUGUCAACAAAAAAGAAGCCGUUCUCCGCCUUCGCCGCGCAAAAAUACAGCCACACACUUGACCUCAUCCUCCCCGAAGAAAUGUACGAGCUUGUAAAGAACGAACUACAUCGUGCUGACAGCCCCGCCCGCGCACAAUACGCACGCGUCCACAUGAAACUGUCCGAAAUCCUGGAAGCCGAGUUUCUGGAUACGUAUGUCAAGCAGGGCAACAUCAUGAUGCUGAGCGAGGGACGGCCGCUGUUGGACGAUAUAUUCGAAUUGCAUAACGGUGUUUUGCGCAUGGAGCUCACGCGACCGACGUACGAGCGCUGCGGACUACAAGGCGUGCCGAUGGAAGACGGCGGGCGGAAACACCAGAAACAGCGCUGGGUCGUGGAAUACAAUCUCCGUGAGCCCAGUAUGAAGCAUGGGAAGAAAGGGUUUGGACGUCUAGAAUGGGCGGCGAGGAAUGUUUUGGAUAGGAGUUUGACGUGGUUAUUCUAUAAUGCGAGUCUGACGUCGAGGGAGGCGCUGGGCGAGGGACGGGAACUGAUUGAGAAGCAUGCGCCGAGGGUGUGUGAAAUUCUACCUGAAGAGAGGAGGUUGAGUGGGGUGAUGGUGCCCCGAGUGUCGAUUGCUGGGCUUAAGGAUGUUUAUAAUGAGGAAGAGGCGACGGGGUUACUGGAGUGGAUUUACAUGCUUCCAUUGGGCUCUCCAAGGGUCGAGGCGGGCGAUGACAUAAACCCGCAUUUGUCGCGCUACGAAGUGCCUGAUCUGGGGAAGGGUACGGGCGAGAGAAAUAUGGUUGCGGUCAGGUGGAAGGGGUUUAUGGGACCGGCGUUUAUGCGCGAGGUUUUUCUUAUGGCGAGGAAGGAAGGGUUUAAGAGGAGAGAGAAGAAGGUUAAUGGGACGCAAGAUAUGUAUACGGAUGUGGAUAUGGAAGGAGGGGAUGGGGUGGAGGAUGAAGAGACAGACUGGUUCGCGAUGAGUGCACAGGCUUUUGGGGGAAAGAAUGCGUGGACGGUGAUGCAGUUUGAAGGGCGAGAGACGCUGGUUUGGGAGAUAGAGAGCUGA